AAGCAGGUUCCAACGAAGAUCCCCAAUCAACAGCCAUGUUCCGUGCAGCAUUCCUUCUAGCUUUUCUGUCCCAUGUUCUGGCUGAUUACGAGUUCGGAGGCUGCAAUGGAUACGGGUGUACUUACGGAAAAACACAAAGGGGGCCUGGAGGAGUAGGUAGCACAGUGGUCUCCACUGGAGGUUCCGGCUCAUUAAACUACGGUCUCGGUUUACCUAAUGUUCCCUUUUUUGGAAUUGGACCUUCGUCUGCUUCAUCAGGGUCAGCUGCAUCUGGACUAGGUGGCGCUGCUUCAUCUAGUGCUGCUGCUUCCGGUGGACCUUUUGGUGGAGCUGCAGCUUCUUCCGCUGCUGCUGUAGGAUCUUCCCAGCCUGGAUUCCAAUACCAAUUGGAUCCCAGUUUUGUUGGCACUGGAUUCCAAGGAUUUCAGAGUUUCCAACAGUUUGGAAUUGGUGGCAGUGCUGCUGCCGGAGCUGCGGCCUCUGGUGAUGAUGGAGCUGCUGCUGCUUCUGCUGCCGCCGCAAAUGGUGCUGGGUCAGCUGCUGCUAGUGCCGCUGCUGUGGGUAGCCCAUUUGGGUUCCCAGGACGUUUUGCUCCGGCUCAAGUUGGAUUCCCUACAUUCCAACCAAGAUUACCCUCACUCCUACCAGGAAUCCCCACUAGGCCAUUUCCCAGAUAUCCACCAGGUGUCGGCUAUCCCAGAGUACCCGUACCUGGUCGAUAUCCAUUCCGAUACCCUGCCCGAAAACCAUUUGUUAACAAGAAAAAGGUAAAUAUAUAUUAAGAAAAAACCCCCGACUGUCUCAUAUUGAUUGGAACCGCAAACAGUAUUUUUGUGAAUAAAUUGUUAAUCUAGCAUA